AUGCUUAUGAGUGCAAGAUACGUCUUCGAUACACUCAGGAAACAUCAAGUGCUCGAAGAUCUGGCGGUGUUGAACACGAACUAUCAACUUGUGGUUUGCGGACAUUCUCUAGGUGCUGGGGUCGCAUCACUACUAACAUUGUUACUCAAACAAGAAUACCCAGAUGUUCGAUGUUUUGCGUUUGCUCCACCAGGUUGUGUGAUAAGCGAGAACGGUUUACAUGAGAUGGAACAACAUGUAAUGAGCAUUGUCAGCGGUGAUGACGUCGUGUCAAGAAUAUCAUUCCAUGCCAUGCAACGACUGCGCAUCAAAGUGGCGGCGGAAUUAGAUGCCUGUACAAAAGCGAAGUAUGAAAUCCUGAUCCGUGGAAUCUUCCGGAUCUUCUUCAGUCCAUCGUGGGAGAGCGGUCCGCUAUCUGGAAAUGAGAAUCAGGAAGAAAUAUGGUUAUGGACUUCAGGCCCCGUAACGGAUCGUGCGAAUCUCAUCACCGAUGGCCCAAAUCCAAACGGAACGUACGGUACAGCUGGCAAUGUUGCACCA